AUGAUAGUCGCAUAUCUCUUGAACCCAAAGCGGGAGCUCGGCAUAUCUCUCUUUCGUUCAUCGGAGGAGAAGGUCAAUGAGUGGGUCAGCUUGGGUGCUGCCAACGUUGAAGCCGAUUUGAUUACGCCUGACAUCAGACCGUUGAAGAGUGCAUAUUGA